AUGGAAGAGUAUGCUCGUGAACCGUGUCCGUAUCGUAUCGUGGAUGAUUGCGGCGGAGCAUUUGCUAUGGGUUGCAUCGGAGGUGGCGUAUUUCAAGCAAUAAAAGGAUUCCGUAAUGCUCCAUCAGGAUUCAAUCGACGUUUGCUGGGAAGCUUAACAGCGAUUAAAAGCCGGUCGCCUAUUAUUGCUGGAAAUUUUGCCGUAUGGGGUGGAAUGUUUAGCACCAUUGAUUGCACAUUGGUGCAUUUUCGGAAGAAAGAAGACCCUUGGAACUCUAUAAUCAGUGGUGCGGCUACGGGUGGAAUUUUGGCAGCUCGAAACGGUGUGCCCGCUAUGAUCGGCAGUGCGGUAAUAGGUGGCGUGUUGCUAGCUUUGAUUGAAGGCGUUGGUAUCAUGUUUACACGUAUAUCUGCUGAACAGUUCCGUAAUCCUACUCCACCGACCGAUGAUCCUUCAGUGCUCGGUGAUCCAAAUCAACAGCAAAUGUCUUCAAGCCCUCCGUCACCAUUUGCGUUUGGUCAGUCUGGGCAGAAUUAUCAAUAA